UCUUUUGUUCCUUAAUAAUUUCCAAAGUUUCUAGUUUUCCAGUUCAAUCUAUUCUGAAUUUUUUCUUGUCUUUUUAUCCGAAUGCUUAAAAGGUUAUUGGUUGCUGUGGACUGUCAACUAGAAUUAAAUUGAAGUCUUAGCUUCUAUAGUCUAUUCUAAUGAGUUAAUUGUUGCUUUUUGUUAUCCACUUCAAGGGAGUUAGCUCACUUUUUUUAUUGUUCCUGAUUUCUCAAGUUAAAAAAGCACAAAAAAGCGUUCACGAAGAUGCUAUGAAGUGAAAUUCAUAUGUUUAUCAAGUAUGCUUUCUGAAGAUUGGUUUAGCUUUUUGUAAAGUUAAGAAAAGAUGGAGUGUUAGUUUGAUCUAAACUUUGAUAUAGUGUUAUCCUACUAAAAACAUUUUUAUCUACUUUUAAUUCAAGUUACUCAUAUGCUAUCUAGAAAGGUGGAUUAUAAUUUUUGUGAGUGGUGCAUUUUAUCUUUAUGGAUCAGUUAUUUAGCGAGUAGUUCCCAUGGUCGUGUAGUUAUAUUGGUUUUUUUAGUUGCCGAAGAUGCUAAUGUAGCUGUCUUCGUGUUUUUUCUCACUGGGGAGCCGGUAAUUUAUCAUGGUGUAUUUGUUCUCUAUAAUGCAUGUGCUUCUCUCUCUCCAUACUUGCCAUUUUCUGCUUCUCUUACUCCUCUUUCUGGUUAUGUUUUUCUUUUCCUAUCUUUCUUUUCUUUUUAUGAUUUGUCUUCUCAGAUUCAUGGUUUUGGCAGUAUUGAUUUGAAGAGCAUGCAAUCAGAGAAUUUAAUCAAUGUUGUUCCUCCCACCUCUCGUUCUACAAAUUAUAUUGUCCUCAGAUAUUGCGGUUUUCCUUCAGAAAUUACAGCACUCAGAGUUAAAGAUUAUAUCAAAUGUCAAUACAUGGUUGUAUUCCAAUAUGGAUCUGCUGUUCUCUUUAAUAUUGAAGAUCAUGAAGUUGAAAGCUUCUUAGAGAUAGUAAGAAGACAUGCUUCUGGGUUACUUCCAGAGAUGAGGAAAGAUGAUUAUGCCAUAAAAGAGAAACCACUUCUGGUUGAGGAUAUGCAGGGAGGUGCAGACUACAUAGUUCUUAAAACUUUAGAUACUGAUAGUAUUCGUAUUAUGGGAAGUGUACUUGGGCAAAGCAUUGCUUUGGACUACUUUGUUUCACAGGUCGAUGGAAUGGUCGAAGAGUUUGCUGGCAUAAAUCGUGCUAUGGAAAAAACUGGAACUUUCACCAUGGAUAGGAAGAAGCUCCUUCAACUUGUUGGAAAGGCUAAUUCAAAUCUGGCUGAUGUCAUCCUAAAAGUCGGUCUAUUUGAGAGAUCAGAAAUUGCUUGGAGAGACGCAAAAUAUGCUCAAAUAUACGAGUACCUUAGGGAGGAGUACGAAGUUACUCAACGAUUUGGGAAUUUGGAUUUUAAAUUAAAAUUUGUGGAGCACAACAUUCAUUUCCUUCAAGAGGUUAUUCAAAACAGACGGUCAGAUCUUCUAGAAUGGUGCAUCAUUUUUCUGUUGAGUGUUGAGAAUAUCAUAUCAAUAUAUGAGAUAGUUAUGGGGUAGUGUGCAAGUUGCACCAUGUUUUGGUAGGCAGUUGAGAAAAAGUUUAACACUAGCAGCCCAACACAGUUGCAAAAAUAUGAUCAAUUUCUCAAAUUUUUUGUAAUAGCACAAUCUGUUUCAGUAUAGUGCAAUUAAAAUUUUAUGAGUUUAACGGUU